AUGUCAUUGACUGACAACGUGACAAGUAAAGGGGCAGAGAAAGGGCAAGCAGUUCGUGGACAACGUCAAGCUGGAGGCCAGAAUUGGAAGAAGGGCCCGAAUGCGGCUCUAAAAAAUGCUAUUGCGACUCGCCUUCCUAUCAGAGUUAUCAGAGGGGACAAGUCGAAUUCAGAUUACGCGCCAAGGCCUGGCGGCACAUACAAGUAUCGCUAUGACGGAUUGUAUACUGUUGACGAGUGCUGGGAGGCCCCGGGGAAGGCUGGAUACAUGAUGUGUAUGUUCAAAUUGAAGGUACAUCUUACCAUCUUCUGUGAUUCUGAUCCUGACGCUUCCCAGCGAUACAACGACGGGAAAGUCACAUAUGCAAUCCCUAAGCGCACUGACCCGGCUUAA